GUCGGCUACGAGGCGGGGGGUGGUGGCGGCCGGGAGGCGGCGGCGGCGGCGGCCGGAAGGCAGCCCUCUUUUCGCUCUCCCAAGCCCGCUUUGCUUUGGCGGGUCGGUGGAUCUCUGAGCGAGGGAGGGACGCAGGCGGGGAGGAGGGAGGUGAAUGCCCCCUCUUCAGUGCCUUUGCACCAACAGCAGCAGCAAAACUUCUGAAGGUUUGGAGAAGAUUAUAAAGUAACGGCCAAGAAGGACUAUAGCAGUAUUAUAAUUCAACUUAUUAGACGUGCCAAAUCUCAAUAUGUAUCACUCAAUUUCUGGAGCUAGCCAUCCUUUACAAACUGAAGAGCAAGAAAUAGGAAUUGAUCCCCUUCAGAGUUAUGGGAACAAGCCUGAUGAAGAUGCGUCAAAUGAAAAUGGAAGAGUACAGCUUACUUUGGAUUCUGAUGGAAUAUUUUUAUCAUAUAGUAAAGAAUGGGAAGAAUUAUUUGUAAACAACAAUUACUUGGCAACGAUACGGCUGAAGGGGAUUAAUGGGCAGCUGAGAAGCAGCAGGUUCCGUAGUGUUUGCUGGAAGUUAUUUUUGAAUGUUCUACCUUCUGAUAGAAAUCAUUGGAUUACAAAAACAAUAAAAUCAAGAGCAUUAUAUAAUAAUGUAAAAGAAAUUCAUAUUACAAACCCUCGGAAAGCUGGACAGCAAGACUUAAUGAUCAACAACCCACUUUCACAGGAUGAAGGGAGUCUUUGGAACAAAUUUUUUCAGGACAAAGAACUUCGAAGCAUGAUUGAACAAGAUGUGAAACGAACAUUUCCUGAAAUGCAGUAUUUCCAGGAAGAAAAUGUGAGGAAAAUUCUUACUGACAUUCUCUUCUGUUACGCUCGGGAAAAUGAGCAGUUACUUUAUAAACAGGGCAUGCAUGAACUUUUAGCACCUAUUGUCUUUAUUCUGCAUUGUGACCACCAAGCUUUUCUACAUGCAAGUGAAGCAGCACAACCAAGUGAGGAGAUGAAUGUUCUUUUGAAUCCUGACUACCUGGAGCAUGAUGCCUAUGCAAUGUUCACCCAUCUAAUGAAAACAGCGGAACAUUGGUUUUCAACCUAUGAGCAUGAUAGUCAAAAGGAAAAAGAUGCUGUGAUGACCCCUAUUCCAUUUGCAAGACCACAAGAUUUAGGUCCAUCAAUAGCUAUUGUUGCAAAAGUUAAUCAGAUCCAAGAUCAUUUGCUAAAGAAACAUGACACUGAACUUUACAUGCAUCUGAAUAGACUUGAGAUUGCACCACAAAUUUAUGGGCUGAGAUGGAUAAGGCUUCUAUUUGGAAGAGAAUUUCUCCUUCAGGACCUUCUUGUUGUGUGGGAUGCAUUAUUUGCUGACAGCAUCACUCUUGAUUUAGUUGACUACAUUUUCUUAGCUAUGUUGCUAUAUAUUAGAGAUGCCUUAAUAUCAAGUAAUUAUCAGACUUGCUUGGGCCUUCUGAUGCAUUAUCCACCUAUUGGAGAUGUUCAUUCAUUAAUCUUGAAAGCCCUUUUUCUCAGAGAUCCAAAGCUCCUUUCCACAAGCAAAGUAAAUGGGAAAGCUGGAAAUAUUCAAGAAGUCAUCCUGCAAGAACACUUGGAAAAGGAAGAUGAAAUUCUAGUUUCUUUGGCUGGACUGAAGCAGAUUAAGGAUAUUCUGAAAGGCUCCCUCCGUUUCAAUCAGAGUCAAUUGGAAGCAGAAGAGAAUGAACAGAUUACAAUAGAAGAUGAUCAUUAUUGUUCCACCAAUCAGAGCAAAAGGGCAGUUGAAAAGAUAGAAAACCCCUCAGCUCCAAAGCAGUUUGUCCCUCUACUGAAGGAGGCUACUGAUCAUCCAGGUAGAAGUCCUAUCAAAAGACACAGUGAUGAUUACAUCCUAGUUUCUAAAAAGGAAGGAAACGUUUCUGCUUCUGACCAGGAACAGACUCUGCCAGCUUCCCAGGAUAUGAACAUGAAGAUUGAGGCCCCAUGUCACACUUCUUUAGCCUUCACUGAUCCACUGCUGGGAUCUAUGUCUGCCUCUUCAAGUAACCUAAGUUCUAGUCCUGAAGAUAGCAAUAGCAACAACAGCAAGGAUUCUGAUUUUACAAUUGUUAGCCCUCUUGAAAUGUAAGAAUGUUAUUCAAGAAGUUAGCAACUCCUGUGCCUCAAGACUUGGUCUGUUGGGAUUCCAGAUUUAUAAGGCUAAACAUGCAAGUGCACAGAUGCCAUCAAGGCAACCCACAUUGCAACACCAAACAUGUAAUGAUUGCCUUUAAAAUGCACACAUGUAAUAUCAAGAUGUAAUACAUGAGUGCAGAUAUUGUUGGUUUACUCCUAUUAACAGAUUUUUGAAACCUUGAAUUAAUAAAUUUAUAUUCCUUCAUCAUAUAAAAUAAAAUGCAUUGCAUAAUCUCAUGAAUUUAUCUGCUCAAAUAUAGGGAAACAAAUGAAUAUUAAAAUGAUUUCAGAACCUGAUAGAUCAUAGAAGCUAUGAGUAAAAUCAGAUAUUCCUGUCAUCAGACAAGAGGAAUGCUUGUUUCAAGUUAUAUCCCUCUAUUUGUCUGAUGCUGCCUCCUCAAUCAUUUUCUGAAGAAGAAAACAGCCAUAAUCACUUUAUAGAUGGUGCCGAACCAAUAGCUACUAUUCAUGCAAAUAUUCAUCCUUACAAGGUAAUACAAAUUCAAUGCCUUGAAACAGUUGGGAUUAUAGCUGUUCUAGUCCUGAAUUUGUUUCCUAACAUCUGGGAUGUAUUUUUAGUUAUUUCAAGACUUCUGCCAUCCUAUUUUGUCUAGGAACAAAGUUUUUGAGAACCUUAAUAAAAAGUCAUUUUUAAAUAUUAAUUUAAAGUCCAGGAUCUAUCUUUUCACACUAAGGACAGCAAGACUCCUAAGUGAUUGAAUUUCCAUUCUGACUGUAAUUCACUCAAGGGCAGAAUUUCUAGUAGAGAGCUAAAAUAUUUCUGGACACAGUCCAUACUAUUAUCCUGACAAUCACAAAACAAUAUUCAUAGGUUAGUGUCCAGUUUGGGGAGGAGUUAGUUUGUUGUUUUUUGGGAAUUUUAGUAAAUAAUGAUAGAAAUAGUUACAGACAUCAACUUUAAGAAACAGCCUAAAGUCUAACUUUAUUGAAGCACUCUGAUUUCUAAUUAGAUUCUCUUUGCUCAUGUGGCCAUUGCUAAUUCCAUACUUGCUAACUAUAUUGACCCAGAGAGAAAAGAAAUAAUGUAUUAAGGUUAAUUAGUCAAAAUCAUGGUGUUAUGCUGGUCUUUCUUCCUGGUAUGUGGUAUUCAUUCCAAGGAAAUUGCAUUUUCCAAACUGUUUUGUUGUUUGCAAGUUGAAUGCUAUUUAACUCACAGAGAAAUGGGUCUUGAAACCAAUAUAUCUUUUUAAUAUUCCAGCAAGCUUUCUCUGGAUUUAGUUAAGAAGAGAGACAUUUGUUCAAUGAUUUAGCCUCUAAAAACUAAUUCUCUACUGUAAUAGGUAAUCAACAGUUCUUAAUAGAAAACUCCCAUAGCCACAGUCUAAGCAACCCAUUAAAAAUGGCUUUACUGAAAAGCUUAGGUAUAUUAUAUCUUGAACCCUUGGAACUAAUGAUCACAACAGUGUAUAGUUUAACAUGAUCAUUUUUCCCCUCCUGGUUAGUAAUAUUCUUGGAGCUUUAUUCUUAAGCAAAACACUCCCCAUAUGCUUUAUUUUUAUUGGAUGCGCAAUACUGUAACCAUAAUCAUGGUGAGUGAUAGGAUAUGAGAAUGAGAACACUGCUGUAUAACAAUUGUCAUCAUAAUUUCCAUGAGCAAUUCUUUUCCCUGUGAAUAUGACGUAUGAAUCAUGAUAACCCAAAGUAUAACCUGAUCACAAACUACAGAGAAUGUGCUUACACAGCAUACAAUUCUUUUUGAAUAUUACGCUAGUAACUAUCUAGAUCAUACAGAUGAAAUUUGAAAUAUUGAAAAAUCUACUACUUUCUGAACAUGUUCUGAGCUUGAUGUGGUAAAUUUAACUGAAUUGACACUCCUAUAAUUCAUUUGGUUCACCUAAACUCACUUGGAUUUGUAAUGCCCUGUCCUUUAGCCAUAGUUUUGCUUCUAUAAAUUUACUGACAUAGGACUAAAAUUAUCAAGUAAUUAUAUAUGGCAAUUGUAUAGUUACAUGUUUAGAUAACUUGAAUGAGUUAUGAGAAGAUGCUUCCUGGUGUUUUAAAGUUAGAUAUAAUAUUGAGAGUUUCUAUAAAGAGCUUCAAAGUAUAUAGUUAAUAGAGUUAAUGAAGAAAGUAAUCACAUAACUAUUGAUUCAAAUGAAAAACCUAAAAGUGUUCUGUUUAUGCAAUUUUAAAUCUAAUGCUCUUUUACUUAAACUAUCAUAAAAUAAAUCACCUCAGGAUUCUGCCCUAUGAUCUGUGUAGAGUUAUUUAAUUUCCUUGAUUUUCAUGAGGAUGAUAACUGGUGAUUAAUUUGACAUGGCUAACCUUACUGCUUUCUGCCCUGAAUUUUUCGUUUCUUACCAUACAUUAAAAGUGCCAUUUAAAGCAAACUUUUUAAUAGUAGAAAAUGAAUAGGAAUAGAUGAGAAAAUAGUAGGUCACCUUUCACUAAAUGAAAAAAUAGUUGGGCAGAGGUUUGUUUUGUAUGUUUGUUUUGUUUUAAAAUGUUUGACUCCUUUGCCUAUUUCAUGGUUCAAAUAUUUUUUCUUGUCAGAGCAAUUUUUGCCAUAAUAUGUUUGCCUUAUUUGGUAUAUAUUUACUUUCUCAAUGUUAUCUUUCUGGUUUCAUGUAAUAAAUAGCACUUUGCUAACAGAAAGGUGAAUAAUUUCUUUGGAAAAUUCAAAUAAAGUAAUGCCAUGUGGUAAAACUUAAUAAUAUACCAAAUUUCAUUUUGCAUGACACUGGAAGUGUCAAUCAAAGAAAAUUAGACCAUAAUAACACAUUGCUUUCUACCAAGUGUACUAAGGUUCCCAAAUUAAAGCACCAAUUUAUUUUCUCUCUUAAGUACAAUCUGCUCAUCUCAGCUAUUGUUAACAGUAAACUGACAGGAAAGAAUAUAUAGUAUAAAGGGUUUGUUAGUAUUAAUAUGUGAUGCUCUAAAACAUUUUUCAACCUGUUAGAAACUCUUCUGGAUUUCUCUCUUUUGCAUGUCAGCUUACAUUGCUGAAGAAUGUCAAGGAUAAUUUAGUGACUAGAUCUGUUCAUUUUUUAGCUGUGAAAAGUUGUAUUUUUCCUCUCUAAGAAUGACUGGCUACUUUAUUAAAGAAAGAACUAACAUGCACA